CGGCUGUGUGUGUAUGUGCUGUUUCCUCUGGGCUCAGCUGUGCCUCUUGACCGUGUCGAUUUCACUUGGAGCUGCACUGCCAAAAUUCUAAAGAGGAGGAAUACAUAUAUAUGCACAUUUUUGCUAUAUGUGUAUAUAUAUACAUACAUAAAUGUAUGUCUGUGUAUGUGUACGUGUGCCUGUAUGUAUGUAGAUAUACAUUUCCCGGACUAUUCCUCCAUCUUCAAUGCUCCUGCCAGCACAACCGAGGAUUUGACAGCAACGGGAAGAACAUCCAGACAACCAGGAAACAGGCAAGGAUCCAGCACUGCAUCAUUUGAGCGAAUUCACCGGCAAUUUUUCUCCACGUUUGUUUGUAGGACUGUAUAUUAGAAUUGGGAACGCCACUAUCUACUUCCCUAACCCUGCCCAGCAGGAGUCUGCUUUACAGUGAAGAAAAAUCCAUGCAAAUAAAAAGGGUCCGUUUAUAAUUCUGAUUGGAAAACCUGUUUUUGUUUUUGAUAUUGAGUCACGUUCUUCAAACCUAAAGAUAAUUUCACGGAUGAUGCGCUGAAGAUGUCAGGGUCCAGAGUCGGUUUUCCAAACGGAUUUUUGCUGGAAGAUGGAAGGAUGGAAGCAGACGUUAGCAGAGUCAUCCGAAACUUGGAGCUGGGCACUGUCAUGACUUUAUAUUACCAGAAGAAAUCGCAGAGACCCGAGAGAAAAACUUUUCAGGUGAAACUGGAGACUAGGCAGAUCAUCUGGUGCAGGACCAGUGACAAGAUCGAAGGCGAAAUUGACAUCCGGGAAAUUAAAGAAAUUCGACCUGGGAAGAAUUCAAGAGAUUUUGAACGUUAUCCAGAUGAUGCACGCAAACUGGAUGCUAGUCUGUGCUUUGUCAUUCUGUAUGGGAUGGAAUUCAGGCUGAAAACACUAAGUCUUUCAGCAUUCAAUGAAGACGAUAUCAGUUUCUGGGUAACAGGAUUGAACUGGCUGGUUCAGGACACCCAGAAAUCUCCGACACCCCUCCAGGUAGAAAGAUGGCUCAGGAAGCAAUUUAAUCUGAUGGAUAGGAACAAAGAAAACAGUAUCACAGUGAAGGAUCUAAAGGUCAUGCUUCCUCAAGUUAACUACAGAGUCCCAAAUAUGAGAUUCUUGCGGGACAGGCUGUUGGAAGUGGACACAAGGAUGGACAUGAACUAUGCACAAUUCGUUCUUUUCUACAGAAACCUGUUGUUUGAUGCACAGAAAUCAAUAAUAGAGCAGUUGGAGCUGUCUUUUCCUCUGAGGAAUGUCGAAAGGCCUGAGAUGUGUCAAGUUACACUGUACGACUUCCAAAAGUUUCUGCAAUACGAUCAGAAGGAAAGCUGGGCAAAUGACAUCAACAAAGUUCGAGAGUGCAUCUUUAAUUACUUUAAAGACCCAUUGCGGGAGAUAUCAGACCCUGUUUUACAACUGGAUGAGUUCAUGGCAUAUUUGUUCUCUAGAGAGAACAUGAUUCUGGAUUCAAGGUUUGAGCGUGUGACUUCGGAGGAAAUGAACUAUCCUCUUUCCUAUUACUGGAUCUCUUCAUCACACAACACGUAUCUCACUGGUGACCAGUUUUCCAGUGAAUCAUCAUUGGAGGCCUAUGCCAGAUGCCUGAGGAUGGGAUGUCGCUGCAUAGAAUUGGAUUGCUGGGACGGCCCAGAUGACCUGCCAAUUAUUUACCACGGGCACACUCUUACCUCCAAAAUCAAAUUCCUGGAUGUGUUGUACACAAUAAAGGAACAUGCCUUCAUCACCUCAGAGUUUCCAAUUAUCCUUUCCAUUGAAGACCAUUGCAGUGUUGUCCAGCAACGAAACAUGGCAUCGCAUUUCAAGAAGGUCUUUGGGGACAUGUUGCUGACCAAACCCGUAGACAUCAGUGCAGAUGAACUCCCAUCACCGAAUCAACUGAAGAAAAAAAUCCUGAUAAAGCACAAGAAGUUGGUGGAAGGCAACCUGUAUGAAGAGGUUUCAUCGGCAAGCUACUCAGAAAAUGACAUAAGCAACUCUAUUAAAAAUGGAAUCCUAUACUUAGAGGAUCCCAUUGACCAUAACUGGAGCCCACAUUAUUUUGUCCUCACAAGUAAUAAGAUCUAUUACUCUGAAGAAACAUCCAGGUACCAGAACAACGAUGAUGAAGAGGAAGAAGAACAAAAAGAGCAGGAGUUCAACAACAACGAUCUGCACUUCAGCGAAAAAUGGUUCCACGGGAAACUUGGUGGAGGGCGAGAUGGUCGUCAGAUAGCCGAGAAGCUUCUCCAUGAGUACUGCACUGAGACUGGCGGAAAGGAUGGCACUUUCCUCGUGCGGGAAAGUGAAACAUUUGUGGGUGAUUACACUCUGUCUUUCUGGAGAUCGGGGAGAGUUCAACAUUGCCGCAUCCAUUCACGCCAAGAAGCUGGCACCACCAAGUUCUACCUGACUGAUAACCUGGUCUUUGACAGCCUCUAUACCUUGAUCAGCCAUUACCGGGAGGUUCCACUGCGUUGUAACGAAUUUGAGAUGAGACUGACUGACCCAGUACCACAACCAAAUGCUCAUGAAAGUAAAGAGUGGUACCAUGCCAACCUGACACGGCUACAGGCUGAGCACAUGCUCAUGAGAGUACCACGGGAUGGAGCCUUCUUAGUGCGCAAAAGAAAUGAAUUCAACUCAUAUGCCAUAUCCUUUCGGGCGGAGGGGAAAAUUAAACACUGCCGGAUCCAACAGGAGGGCCGUCUCUUCAUGCUCGGAAGCUCAGCAGAAUUUGAGAGCCUAGUGGACCUGGUGAAUUAUUAUGAAAAGCACCCUCUGUAUCGUAAAAUGAAACUGCGGUACCCAAUCAAUGAGGAAACUUUGGAGAAGAUGGGUACAACAGAACUGGAUUAUGGAGCACUUUAUGAAGUACGGACGCCUCAUUUUUAUGUUGAAGCCAAUAAGAUGCCAACUGCAAGGUGCACAGUCAAAGCACUGUAUGAUUACAAAGCGCAGAGAGAGGAUGAACUAUCCUUCUGUAAACAGGCUCUGAUCCACAAUGUCGACAAGCAAGAUGGUGGAUGGUGGCGAGGAGACUAUGGAGGUAAAAAACAGCUGUGGUUUCCAGCAAACUAUGUGGAGGAGAUAACCAACACACUUGUCCCUGAACAGGAUGAAGCGUCUGUGGAAAACAGUCCACUGGGAAGUUUCCUCAAAGGAUUUAUUGAUGUUCCAACAUGUCAUGUCGUUAUCCAGAAGGAAGGGAAAGGAAGCAAGCCUUAUGUGUUUACCAUCCACUCCCAACAAAUGUCCCACCCAGUGCAGAUGUUGGACGUGGCUGCAGAUAGUCAGGAGGAUCUGAAUGAUUGGGCUGCAAAGAUCCGAGAGGCGACACAGAAUGCAGAUGCUAGGAUGCAAGAAGGAAAAAUAAUGGAGAGACGGAAGAAGAUUGCACUAGAAUUAUCAGAGCUGGUUGUUUAUUGUCGUCCUGUGCCAUUUGAUGAGGAAAAGAUUGGAACAGACAAGGCCUGUUACCGAGACAUGUCGUCCUUCCCUGAAACAAAGGCAGAAAAAUAUGCCAACAAGAGUAAAGGCAAGAAGUUUCUUCAGUAUAACCACAGGCAGCUGAGCCGUGUCUAUCCAAAGGGACAACGCUUGGAUUCCUCCAACUACGACCCACUGCCAAUGUGGAUCUGUGGCAGCCAGCUGGUGGCACUCAACUUCCAGACACCAGAUAAACCAAUGCAGCUGAACCAGGCGAUUUUCACAAUGAAUGGAAAGAGUGGCUAUGUCAUGCACCCUGACAUCAUGAGAGAUGAAAACUUUGACCCUUUUGACAAGAACACUCUCAAGGGUGUGGAACCAAUCACAGUGCAGCUUCAGAUCUUGGGAGCACGACAUUUGCCCAAGAAUGGGAGGAGCAUUGUUUGUCCAUUUGUUGAAGUGGAAGUAUGUGGAGCUGAGUAUGACAACAGCAAAUACAAGACAGAGGUGGUGGCGGAUAAUGGAUUAAAUCCUGUCUGGCUGUUCAAGCAAUUUGUCUUUGACAUCAACAACCCCGAGUUUGCCUUUUUGAAGUUCAUCGUGUACGAUGAGGACAUGUUCAGUGACCCCAACUUCCUCGCUCAGGCAACCUAUCCUGUUAAAUGCCUUAAAACAGGUUACAGAUCUGUGCCUCUGAAAAAUAGUUACAGUGAGGAACUGGAGCUGGCUUCUCUACUUGUUCACAUUGAGAUAGUCAAUGCCAAGGAGGAAGACGAUGAGAACCUCUAUUCAUCCAUCCAGCAACUACGCGAUCGGACAAAUGAGCUUUCCAGUCAGGUGUCAAGUUUUGAACGGAACAACGGCUGUGACUCCAGGUACCAGCAGCAACUGGAUGAACUGCGAGUUGCACAAGAUCAGCUGAUGGAGCUAACUGAAGCUAGAAACAGACGACUUAUUGAAAAGAAAAAGAGGGACAGACUACGGCAACAAAUGGUGAACAAGAGAAAUUAAAGAUCAUGUGACUCUGGCAGCACCUAGGCUGCAGAUCAUUAACUUGUCUAUCGGUUUCUAUGGAAACCCACUGCAGAUUCGGCCUACGUUCAGGCAGUCCUGGAAAAUUCCUGUAUGAAGUUGAUUUAGCACAUGGUGUUAGCUGGCCUAAGCUUUUUGGAGAUGAAUUCAGAGACUAAUGAUACAGCUCUGGUGCCUUUUUAACUUUUUCUUUUGUUUCCCUUUACCAUGUAACAUUCACAGAUGACCGAUUAUUUUUUUAAAAAUGUCAGUAUAAAGAUCUGAACAAGAGAAACACGUGCAUUUGCAUCAGAUCUGAAACUUAGCACGACCUGAUUCUCGCCAGGAUAGGUCUCAUGUAACUAUGGUAAAGUUUAUUCAGUGUAUCCAGUAUUGUGGCAAUUUAUCCACCUCCUUUCUGGCCCUUGCCCAGACUAUCCAUAUAUUAGAAGCUCUACCUAACUCUCUACGUGUCACACUUAUUCCGUAACACUUUCCUUUUCAUACAUUGUUAAUAAAAUGCCAAGAGAGACUUAUUGGUAGAUUCAACAAAAAUAAUGAAGGUGGUUCAAUGUUCCAGGGAACUAUGCAGAUAUGGCCAUAGUGGGGACAUUGGUGGUUACCUAUUGUUUUACUCAUGGGGACAUUCGGUCCCACACACAGCUUCAAGCUCUGAAAUAAAUGGGAACAACCUGUUUGGAAAAAAAGACUACGCUUUCAAAAGAACUUCAAUUUUCCUUUUCCUUGCUGGGUAGCUCUCUAAUGGGGACACUCUUUUUUUGUUUUUGUUCCCAUUAACAGAUUUUCCCAUCAUCCCAAAAAUAUGGCCACGUCAAGGUUGGGGUUUGGGAGUCAGGCUCCUUCGCUACCAUCGAUUGAUUCUCUCAGGCAGACCGCUGGGAGAGUGAGAACGGAGUUUUUUUUUAAAGAAAUUUUUUAUUUUUCCAAGUUUCAAUUGUACAAAGUUAAAAGGGUCCAUAAUGCCCGAUGUACGGGUAGAAACGAGCACGAGCAUUUAUGAAUAAAAAGCUGUAAAGGAAAAUAUGUAGCCCAGCAUUUAAGUUGACAUUACAUACAUGAGUACGAACAGAUUCAAUAAACAGUGUUAAUACUUA